AUGCUGGGCGUGGUCAUGUGCGUCAGCCCUCAGGCGACCCCCAAAAAGCAGAAGCUGGCAGUGUGCGCGCCUGUCAAGGCUUUGGUCAAGUCGUGCUCCUCCAAGGCCGGCCCCACCGCCCUCAUGGACCAGCUGUGCAGCGAGCUGCUGGCACCCGCCAACGCUACGGCCGACAGCAAGGACCCCACCAAGCUGCGCUACGGCUGUGGUGUGGCGACUGCCGCACAGGUUAACAAAGUGUCCAGUGACCUGGCAGCUCUCGAGCCCAAGGUCACCGCCGCCGCCGCCCAGGCCAGCUCUUUGCAGGACACCUUUGUCCAGGGGAGCAACCAGACAGCCGUGCUGCGCGCCCAGGUGGACGAGCUCAAAGCGACGAUUGCGGCGCUCACCGCUGGCGUGCAAAAGCUGCAAGCAAACGCAGCCAACGCAACCAACCUGGGCAACAUCACUCAAGAGCUCGCCGUCCUUGCAGCGGCCGACUCACGCACCGCUCAGCAACUGGCCCUGCUGGAGGCGGCAAACCAGACCGCGGCCCAGGACAUCGCGGCGCUCAAGUCUGCGUCGCAGCAGUGCGCCUGCGGCCUUGAGCUUUCGGCCGUCAACACCUCCUUGGCCGCCAUCAAGGCAGCCCAGGCAGCGGACGCGGCGGCAGUCUCGCUGGCCAAAACCACCGUGGAGUCUCUGAAUGCCACAGUUACCAUAGGCGCGGCAGCCAUCGCGUCGGUCAACACCAGCCUCGCCUCACUGGCAGCCACCGUAGCCAAUGUGUCUGCCAUUGACUUGAGUGUCUACGCGAAAACUGCAGACCUGGCCAACAUCAACGCAGUCAGUCUGGGGGGCGUGCCUGCCGCACAGUACCUGCGCUCGCGGGUGGUGAUCUACCGUGAAUCUUCGACAGAAAGGAACGGAAACCUUGGUGGCCGGUCUGGUGCUGACGCCUUGUGCAGUGCCUCCAUCAACCGGCCGGCGGGGCUCACCCAGGUGCACGCGUUCCUAUCGACAUCGGCAACCGACCAAAUUGCCGAUUUCCCUACAAAGUACGGUGUCCCCAGCGGCUUGGCAAUCGAGGCGAGCGGCGUCGUGUUGGCUCGCAACUUCACAAGCAUGCUGGGAGGCCUCUUGCUGACCUUGGACGAUGCAGCCGGCGCCUGA